UGCCUCCUGUCUGAUCACACGGAGGAGGAAGAGGAGAUCGUCGAAGUUACUAGUUCUUGCAGCUGCGUGAUCCACAAGUAGGCAAUUUAGCUUGCGAGGGCCGCAGCUACUGAAUUUAGGGCAACUCUGAUGCAACCGCGGAACAAACGCGUGGAGAUGGCUGCGGCGUGGUGGGUCGCACUGCCGCUGGCCAGGUUUAUGUUUGCUGCAGUGUUGAUCCUACUAAGGGCAGGUGCUUUUGAAAUUUCUCUUCCUCUGGGUGGAAACAUAACAGUUAAAAUAAAACCUGGAUUUUCUUUUCUAAAUAACUGUGCAUUGUGUGAAGGAAAAAAAUCACAUUUUUUUGAGCAAAUCAUAAAGCCUGGACAGAAGUUUCAAUUUACCUUUGAUUGUUCAACACCAGAGAAAUAUUGGUCCAUACUUGUGGAGAAAAAGAUUGAUUGUCUGUCAGGUCCAUGUCCUUUUGGAGAUGUUCAGCUUCAGCCUUCUGGAUUGCCAAAUCUUAAUAGGACUUUCAUUUGGGAGGCUAAAGCUAACCGAAGAGUUGGACUUGAACUGAAAUUCUCUCCAUGGUUAAAGCAAAUUCUGCCUGGAGACACCUGCCCUGAUCAAAUUAUUUACAAUAUUGGCAGUCGUCUGGGAAAAGAUAGAGUCCACAUUGGAACCUUCUGCAGAAAUGGUUCAGUGUCCCUGGUAAAGGCACAAGGUGAUGCUAUUUUGAAUCUACAGCUUCCUUGGGAUUCAAAACUUACAACCACUGGAGUUAAGCUUGAAAGCAGAUCAUCCAUACAACGACUCUGCAUUAUAGAAUCUACAUUUAAAGGCAAAUCAUCAGCAACUUUGAUGUCUGCAAAUUAUCCUUUGGGGUUACCGGAAGAUGAACUCAUGACGUGGCAAUUUGUUCUUCCAUCCAGUUUAAGAGCAGAUAUCAACUUCAUCAAUUAUACAAAACCAAACUGUGAACGGAAAUAUGAGCGGGUGGAAUACUCAUUACCCGAUUAUUCUCCUGAUGCUAGAGUCUUAUCCCUAGAUGAUGUGCAACCUGUCAAUAUUCCUGGCAGUUUCAACCUUUCCCUGUAUGGAUGUGACCAAGAUGACGUGAAGCCAGGGCUCCUCAGACUCUUAUUUAAAGUGAUAGUAAAUUACCCAAAAAAUGAAGAGAAUGUAACCUACAAAAUUGAUCUAACACAUGAGAAGUCUAAUCUUACAGUUUAUUCAAAAUCAUCGAAUGAAUGUUUGAUCUGUGUUCACUCUAGCAGAAACUGCAGACCAAAUGUGACAUUAGAAUAUGGUCGCACAUAUUCUGUUACCUUCCUGUGCCAAAAUUUGGAGAAUAUAAGGAUAAUUGCUGAGCAAAAUAUAGUUUGCUGGAAUGCCAGAACAUGUGAAAACCUAUUCUUCCAGCUGGCUGUACCCUCUGUUCUUCUCCAGCUGCCAAUUUUAAUUGAGACAUUUACAUGGAAAAUUCAAGCUCUUGAAGCUGUGAAUAUAGAAAUCAGGUCCUCCACCUUGAAACUCAAGCAACAUAUCCCAAACCGGGAUCAAAGGUGCAAUGGGAGUUAUAGUUACAUUAUUAAUGGCUCCAGUCCAGGAAGGUCAUGGAGUCUUGGUUAUUUUUGUCCUGUUGGAGACAUUGAAAAAAUCCAGAUUAAAGAUAAUGUCACCAUAACCCUUAAGACAUUUGGCAAGAGAUGGUUCAAUGAGUCUAAUGCUCAGAAAGGGGAUCUGAAGCUGUUUUUUAAGCCAGUUCUACAAGAAGAUUGCAUUUUCACCCUUAAUCCGGAUCGAAAGACCAAAGUUUAUGUACAAACUCCUAACUGGCUGGAAGGCCUUCUUCCUUUUAUGUCAGUAUAUUGGAAUAUCAGUGUCCUGCCAAAGCAAGUUGCACAGCUGACAUUUUUAAAUGAAAGGAUGGGCAUAACAUGUGAAAAGAGUAGAGCUUUUAUCUACAUUAAAGAACAGAGUGCAAAAGCAGUAGAAACUGUGUGCCGUGAUGAUAAUGUACUCCCGAGGACUUUGAAUUUGAGACAGCAUUUUUGGAUUAAUAUCACUAAUUGUAAACCAUCUGCCAAGCAGCAACUGAGUUUGCAAUUCUUAGUGACAUUUCAAAAAAAUUCAGCAGAUUUGACCUUCAUAAUUGGUGUGGUGGCUGGCGGGAUGGCAGUUCUAGCUAUUAUUGGGCUCAUCUGCUGUGUUAAGAAAAAGCAAAAAAGCAAAAGAAAGGAAAGUCAUAACCCGGUGGUGGGAGUUUAUAAUGCCAAUGUCAACACCUUGUUACCUGGAAGGCAGGGCAUUUUUAAAAAGGAGAGGAAGAAGAAUGAUUCUCAUGUCUAUGCAGUCAUUGAGGAUGUUAUGGUUUAUGGGCAGCUGCUUGAUAAUUCUACAAGACCAGAGAUGGCUGAGGUAGGGAUAUACAGGCCCUUUUCUGGACCAGUAAGUACUAUACCACCUUCCCCACCUCCAAUCAGAAAAAUAUCUAAAAGCUCAGACCUGCAGGAAUCAUCAAACAUGCUUGUAACUGAUAGUGAGGACUAUACCUUUGCACGUCAUGUGCCAGAGAAUAUCCAUAAUGGUGACCUGAAUGUGAGUGGUAAUGGACACAUGGGCAGCAGAAACAAUGAACAGGGAAAUUCUUUGGAGUAGACUUGAUAUCUUGAUGAUCUGUGAUUUCUCUGAUUCAAAGAAAAAACUUGUAACUCACUUAUGGGUUGUGUUUGAAACCUAUUUAUGUAGUUUCUUUUAUUAAAAUAUAGAUAGCAUAUCUGUUCAUAUUUUGGGAAAGAGGUUUCUGAGGAUGUAAUGCCAUACUUUGUUGUAUAGAAUGCAACAACUUUGAAAAGUUUGCAUAUUUUUAAUCUUCAAUAUAAGUAAACUUUUUUAAAAAAAGUCAGCAAACCUGAAUGUUAAAUAAAACUAAGAAAUUAUGUUAGCAAAAGAACUCUUAAUCCAAAGAUUGUGCUGGGUAAUGAGCAUUAAAUGUAAGAAUUUUGCUUUUUGUAAAUGAGAUUUUUACUUAUUGUCCUUACACACAUUGCAUAAUAUAUGUAUUUUAAAAAAAUAUUACUUUUUUAUUUUAGCUCUGUGGAAAUAAUUUAGUGAAUUUUAACAAAUUAUCCUCAGUUACAUAUUUCAAAGGAUGGACAACACUAAGUUUGUAAUGAAAAUAAAAGGACCAUUCUGCAAUUAAUGGAAUCAUUGUUCCAAUUGUUAUAAAGUAAUGGGUUGCCCUCCUAUUUGACUAAAGGUAUUCUGAUAUGUAGGAAAUAAGCCUUCUAAAUAUUUUGACUUGAGCUCUAUUGCUUCUUGACCACUUUAUGCUAAGAACCAAUAAGAUUUCUUGGAAACCAGUAUAAGAUUAUUAUAUAGAUAUGUACACAUUAUCAAUAAUCAGUCUGUGCAUCCAUAUGUCUACUUUUAAGAAAGGAAGGUACAGAAAUACUUCUGUAGAAAUAUACAGUUUUGAACAGAUCAUGAGACCAUAGCAAAUACUAUAGAUUGGCCUAUUGUGAAUUACCGUAACCUUUAAUAGUUUGGGUUGAAUACUUAAUUAGAUAAUGUCCACCUCCAACCACCUCAGGGUAGCAUACAGUUGAACCAAUAGAAUAAAAACAGAACAUAGUAUUCCUAAAAAGAAUUUAAAAAGUAAACAACAAGAACCAGUGGUAGAUUUGGCAAACCACACCCAUAUAUAAUGGGUAUCCUAACCGAAGACCUGAGAAAUCAGAAUGCAAAAAAAGGAACAGGAAAGAUAUAGUUCAGCAGGUUUUAUGUGGUUUUUUAAACUUUACAAUUCUUAUGGAAUGUAUCUUGAAAGAUACUUUUGCCAUAUACAGAAUUCUACUCAAUACAUUUCAAUGGAUAAGAAGAUGUGGAAAAGCAUUUUUACUUCAGCUUGAAUUUAGCAUUUUGAAGUUCUAUGUAAGCAACUAACAGCUGCAAAAAACUUCUGCAUUGUUCUAACCACAGUGCUCUUGCACAGUCUUUUCCUGGUGAAAUGUAUCUAUGAGACGGUUGUUUUUAAAAGGGAGAAUUAAUAGUAAAAAUGAAUUCCUAGAAUCCAGAAAGAGGUAUGAUCACAUCUUGUAUGUGCAGCGAAGCUUAUGAGAGCACCCUUCCUCCUGCUUUGCUGAGCAAACAGUUUGUUCCUGGGCUUGGACAACUUUCUGGAAUCGCAUGUGCAUUGUAAUGAGCUGACAAAAAGAACUGAGCACGCUAAGAUUGCCAUGAAAUUUCCACAUUUUCCUGAUUGAUCUGUAUGAAAAAUUAACCCAUUUAGAAUAUAUAUUGUAAAUCUGUAACUAUUUCUAUUAUCCUAUUUCAGUGAUUGCAAAUGUUUGAAAAGUUGCAGGCUGCAACAUAAGGCCUCCUGAUUUUUCCAAAGGCUGCAGGAAGCCUUUUGAUGAUGCUAUAGCAUCACAGGAAAAGUCAAAUAUGAGAUUAGCCAAGCUUUUAAUGUUCUGUUUAAUCAUUUCAUUUUAUUGGAUCCUUGAUGCUCUCUGAGCUUGGUUGUUUGCUUGAGACAUUUCAUUAUCCAACCAGAUAACACCUGUACUACUGAGUGUGGGGAUUGCUUCCUGUUUAUGUACUAUUUUUAUUUUACUUUUAACUGUGUGGUUAGAUAUAAACUGAACAAUUGUUUGUUUUAUAAAGAAUUAUGUAUGAUAUUGGUCCUUAUAACCUCAGGCAAACAAGAUUGAAUUUGUUUACAUUCUUAUAUAUGCAUAUUGUUAAUUUUGUCAAGGAUGCUUGGGAUUAUUUAAUGAAAAAGAAAGUAUACUAAACCACUGUGAAUUGUCCUUCUAAAGUUGCAAAAAUACUUUCUGUUAGCAUAAUUAUUUCUGAAAUCAACAUUCUUGACAACAGCAAGACAAUUUUAUUACUUUUAUCCAGAUAACUGAAUUUUAGUAUGAAUAGUUGGGUCAAGUAAACAUUAUAAAAUCACUUUCUUCUCCUAUCUCAUUUUUUACUUUUAUAUCACAAUUUCUAUUUUUAGUUAAUUAUAAUUUGCUCUUGAUAUAUAUUUUUCUUACAUUUAAAAACCUUACUAAGUUGUUUUCGUGAUUUAGAAUAUUUGUAAAUAUUUGUCACAUUUUGAAUAUGAAUCGAAGUUUUGAUCUUAGUGUUUUCAUAGUCUUGUAACUUGGUGGUUCUUGUAUGUUCCUCUGAUACAGAUGUUUUAUUUAAUUUCAUUAAUGCAUACAAUUAAAAGUUUAUGUAUAUACAUAUUGUAUAUACUUUGUUCAUUCUUCAAAAUGAAAUAAAAGAAUGUUUACAAGGAUAAUUUAAGCAAAAUGACUUGUUCUUUACUGAGAAGCUUGCUUUGAAAUGCAGCAAACAAAGUGUAUGGAGUUAUUGAAGAGGAAAGAUAUUCUGAUUGAGUGUACUUUGUUCUUAGCUUAUAAAUAGUUAAAGGGAAAUACACUAGAUAAAGCUUGAUUGCUAUGGUAAUCUUUUUUAUUGUAUGAUAAAAUUUAGACUUUUAGAAAUUAAAUAAAAGAAAAACUAAUUUUAAGAAGACUUGCACAAAAUGCAUUAGUUUUUUUUAGUCAACUAUUCCUCCAUAUUUUUCUAUUUACCGGUAAUUUAAAAAAGGAUAAAUGUGUUCUCUCCAUUUUAGUUUGUGGUUUGAAGAUUAUUUUUCACCCUGAAAACUAUGAAUUAAUAAUCUUUGGAAUCAAAUAGCCUGUUUAAUACUAAAUUUUAGUUCUUCAAGAAUGCAUGUAUGCAUGCAAACAAUUAAAGAUAAAAAUUAAAAGCUAACAUGAAGGAUUUGUAAUGUAGAUAUAAAGGAAUAAAAAACUAUUUAGAGCCAUUCCCACAGAAUAAAAUCUGUUCACAUAUUAGAAAAUUAGAAAAGAAAUAUAAGAAGAUAAAAUGAAUUAUUUUAACAACUGGAGUUUGGUAAUGUAUGAAGAAUUGUGAACUAAUUGCAAAUAUUUAAGUAAUUAAAAUGUAUAGAAAUAUCUUUCUAUUUAAGUAUAGGAAGAUUUUUGCUAUUCCAGAAUUACCAUCUUGGGUUGAAGAUCAUAUUUGCUCUGUAUUUUUGAAAAGAGAAAAUGAAAAAUUAAUGAGUUAAUAUUACUCUGUGCGGUCAUAAUUUAAAACUAUAUUUUCAUAUUGAACUAAAAGGAUGUGGAUUUUCCCGUUUCAUUUUCUUUUUCUAUUCAAUUUCUUUUCCUUUAAAUUUCACAUACUAAAACAAAAACAAAAAAAUAUGGAGGUAAAAAUGCAUAGCAAGGGUGGGCCAUUUCAUUCUCUGUUUAUUAAUACAAUGAGUAUGCUUUUAAACACUCAGCAUGUUAGCGACAUAAAUAGAUGAAAUAUAUCAUAUUACUGUGACUAGACAACUAGUAGGUACUGCUAUUGUCAAAUCUACUUUUAUCAAAUGUUAUCAAAUAGACAUACUGGUUCACUGUACUUUCCUGCCUUUGUACAAAACAUGGACACUUUUAAUACAAAAUAAAAUAAUUCUCAUUGAAAUAUUUACAGUUAGAACAUAGCAGAACAUUCACUGUUACUUUAAUUCUUCAUUUUUCCAGUUGGACACAAAUAAAAACUUCAUUAAAAUAGAGUCAUGAACUCUUCUCUGAAUCUUGACUUUAAUUUUGACAAUUCUGUUAUAUCUUCUUCCAAUAUAGAUAGAUUAGAAUUUGACCAUAUAUCAUGUAUGCACUGCAGCAGCAUAAAAGAUAAUUUCAUUAGUGAUUUGUCAGAAUCACAAUGGUUGCAUAACUCAAUAAAUUAGGACAGAAAUCUUCCUAAAUUGGCCAGCUACAGACUGCUGCUUCAGAAUUCAGAGAUUUGCAUUCCUAAUAAAUAGAAAGGGCACCAGUUGAAUGAAGGUUGUGUUAUAGUCACAUAGCUGAGUUGUAACAGUUGGGCAUGAAUCUGAUUGAAAAAAGAAAAGGGCCUUAGAUUUAUCUACAUCCUUUAUCAAUCUGGAAUUUUUCCAAUUAGAUUACUUGCACAAUCUAUAUGUUUUUCAAGUUGGUUUUUCAUUUUAAGAAGAAAGUAUUGUGUUGUUGGUUUGUUUACAAAAGAUCUGCCACAACCCAUCUACUUAGCUAACACUAUUGGUCUAGCCAAUGCAUAUUCAUGUAUUUUUGUAUUUGAAU